UGCAGCAAAGUUAACAUUUGUUUCUUUUUUUUUUUUAAAAAGUAGUAACGCUUUUAUUCUGUUCUCCAAUUUUCCAGUCUGUUUAGCCAAGUGCUAUGUAGUGUUGUGAACUUCAUUUUUAAUUGGUGUCAACUAACUUGCGUAUGCUUCCUUAAAAUGUUGCCUCAGGCACUUCAUUUAAUGUGUCUUUUAUUUUAAUGGUUUUAAAAAAUUCGUUUUUGGACCGUGACAGAGUUGAACGCUUUUCCCAAUUAUCGCACCAUUCGUGACUAGCAGAUAGAUGUGUAUAUUCAGUCUCAGAUAGUUUCUUGGCGGGUUAGGUUCAACAAAAUGUUUUGUUUGCGCAAAAAAGAAUUCUUACUCAUGUGUUUCCUGCAAACUUUGGUAAUAUGCCUGACAUAUACAAUGGAGAAUUCGCCUGAUAGUCUAGAAAAAGAAAUGUUGACUGACUGUCUUAUGCAACUGAACAUAUCGGAAUUGUUGCGACUUCAGCGUUCAUUGGAAAGACUACCUGAACUUCAUGAGAAGGAAGAUUUUGAAUCAAACUUAAAUAAUGAAUUUAACAAAACUACGAACGAUUCGGGUGUUUGUGAUUUGCCUAAUGAAAAUAAUAAAAAUAGUACUUGUGUGAGUCCACAAGCCUUGCCGAUAACUGCCGAAAAACGUGGGUACGAACAUCAUCUUUGGCAACCAGAGGAAAAGCCUUCUAAAUUGCAAACUUUAUUCCAUAUCACCAUUACGGCGUUGGCUUUUCUCUCUUUCGGCGGAUAUCUGCUCUGCCUUAUUGUGCAAGCUAUAAGGAGCAAAGGUACAACCUACUUUCACCCCGCUGCAACUACUGCGGUGACUAACACAAAUGGUGGAGUUAAAAGAAUAAAAAUUUACCGGCGUAGUCGCAGAAGAGUACACUCUACGCCGAAUGAAGUGCAUGCAUACAUGGCUUAUUAUUAGCCAAACAUAUUAUAUUUUUGAUAUAUCAGUUGAUAAGCAUCAAAUUACUCACCUAGCCGAAUCGUACAUUUGGUUCGGUCUCGGUAGUCGCCCUGGUCCUACUUUCAUUCCGUAUACAGCGUAUUGAUCCUCAUAUGGCUCCUCGUAGUUGCCGCGUGUGCUGCGUUCAGGUGAACUUGAGUAACCAUCUGAAAUUUUUUGC